GCUGGAAGACCCGGCCACCCAGGGGACAAAGGUGCCAUUGGGAUGCCUGGACGUGUGGGAGUAAAGGGCCAACCAGGCGAGAAGGGGGCCCCAGGAGAUUCCGGCAUGUCCAUCAUCGGCCCCCGUGGCCCCCCUGGUCAGCCAGGCACUCGAGGUUUCCCUGGAUUUCCGGGUCCCAUUGGGCUCGAUGGCAAACCGGGCCACCCCGGACCCAAAGGGAAGAUGGGCCUGACGGGUCCCCGAGGACAGCCGGGACCUCAAGGACAAAAAGGAGAAAAGGGUCAGUGUGGAGAGUACCCACAUCGGGAGCACCUAAGCAGCACUCUUUCGGCUCUGCACUCCAACCAGAUCAUUACCCUCAAGGGUGAACAGGGCCAGGCCGGCAUCCAAGGCCCGCCGGGGCCACCAGGCCCCCCUGGACCGAGCGGACUUCUGGGGCCCCCGGGACUGCCAGGGCCCAUGGGGCCACCCGGCUUACCCGGGCCUCCUGGACCGAAGGGAGACCCAGGAAUCCAGGGCUACCACGGCCGGAAGGGAGAACGGGGAAUGCCAGGGAUGCCGGGCAAACAUGGAGCAAAGGGAGCUCCUGGAAUUGCUGUGGUUGGGAUGAAGGGUGAGCCAGGGACCCCGGGAGCCAAGGGUGAAAAGGGGGCUGCAGGCUCCCCUGGGCUAUUCGGCCUCAUGGGGCAGAAGGGAGAAAAAGGUGAUGCUGGUAACUCCAUCGGAGGGGGCAGAGGGGAGCCCGGCCCCCCAGGGCUACCUGGGCUCCCCGGGCCAAAGGGAGAAGCUGGGGUUGAUGGCCAGGCCGGCCCCCCAGGACGGCAAGGAGACAAGGGGGAGCCUGGAGCAGCUGGAGACCAGGGACCAGCCGGCCCCAAGGGCACCAAGGGGGAACCAGGGAAAGGAGAGAUGGUGGACUACAACGGAAACAUCAACGAGGCUCUCCAGGAGAUCCGAACGCUGGCCUUGAUGGGGCCCCCUGGUCUUCCCGGACAAAUCGGCCCACCCGGAGCCCCAGGCCAGAAGGGGGAGAUCGGACUUCCAGGCCCUCCAGGACACGAUGGGGAAAAGGGACCUCGAGGCAAGCCAGGAGACAUGGGCCCUCCCGGUCCCCAAGGCCCCCCAGGAAAGUUUGGACCUACAGGAAUGAAGGGAGAACACGGACACCCGGGGAGCCCAGGAGAGAAGGGGGAGAAAGGGGAGACAGGACAGGCGGGCCCACCGGGUCUAGACGGCCCAACUGGGGAGAAAGGAGAACCAGGUGGCCAAGGGAGACCCGGAGCAACAGGAUUGCCCGGCCCUACCGGGCUCCCGGGAUUUACAGGAGAGAAAGGAGAGCCCGGGGAGAAGGGGGAGCCAGGAGUAGAGGUUUCUGGGCCUCCAGGGCCAGAGGGGCCCCCCGGACCUCCGGGGCUCCAAGGUGUUCCUGGACCAAAGGGGGAAGCAGGACUAGAUGGAGCAAAAGGAGAGAAGGGUGUCCAGGGAGAGAAAGGAGAUCGAGGGCCGCUGGGAUUACCCGGAGCUUCAGGUUUGGACGGCAGGCCUGGGCCACCGGGUACUCCAGGACCAAUCGGAGUCCCAGGCCCAGCGGGACCAAAGGGCGAGAGGGGCAGCAAAGGUGACCUGGGGAUGACAGGACCAACAGGAGCAGCUGGGCUUCCUGGUUUACAUGGACCACCCGGAGACAAAGGAAACCGGGGGGAGAGGGGGAAGAAAGGCUCUAGAGGGUCCAAAGGGGAUAAGGGAGACCAAGGAGCACCUGGAUUAGAUGCCCCCUGCCCAUUGGGACACCGAGGUUUUAAAGGAGAGAAAGGGGAGCCGGGGUUACCAGGGCUGGACGGACUGGAUGCCCCAUGCCCAUUGGGUGAAGACGGUUUACCAGUCCAGGGCUGCUGGAACAAGUGAUGCCUCUAACCUGGGAUGGGCCUGUGUGUGUGUUUGUACAUAGAAUAUUUAUUUUUAUACAGUUUUCACUUUUUGAAAAUGCCAGAAGUAUGAUGCAUCUUACAGAUUAUUAAAAAAAAGAAAAACCUGCAUAUUUUGUACAAAGAAUGCCAACCUCUUUCCCUUUGUUUACAAGAUGUUUUGUAUAAGUCUACGACUCUAAUACACUUUUUGUUUGUGAGUAUGGGCAUAUGUUUGCAUGAUAUUUGUGCACACUUAUUAAGUAUUGAAGCGUAAUAAAUUAUUGUGUUCUGGUGCCAAAGGGGGCCAGCCAGCACCGAGGUGCUCGCUAGCUUAUGUGCGAAUUCACGGGGACGUGGAGGUCAGUGGUGUUUGCCUAGGUGUGUCUAAGAAUAUUUUAAACUCUUAUGGAUUUUCAUUAUUAAAAAAAAAAGAAA